CUCGAGUCACAUCCGACCGACCGAUGAAUGAUCGUGUAAUGUAAUCAGUGCAGAACUGCAGAUAUCCUAACUUUUUUCACAUUCGCCGCUUAUUCAAGCUUGUGCGUGGGUACGGUAGUAAACUUAUCCACAUUUUAAAAUUUGUCUCUAAACUCUUAAUAAUUCUGAAAUGGUCCUUUGCAAGAAAGUUAAGUAAUUCCUUACUUUUUCUGGAUUCAGUGUUGCACUUCCUGCAGUGUAUAAUUUUUUCUUCUGUUUCUCGGCCUGUUAUAUUAUUGUCUGAAUCCCAAAACCGAUGUAGUUUAUUACCACGAUCCAGAUUUCUCGUGUUUGCUCAUGAACCGCGAAAGGAUCGACUGGGGCUUCGGUUAAAAAAAGUAGCUUUCCGUGACGUAAUUGCCUAGCGCGUUAAAUCCGGUGUUGUCCCCGAAUUGCCAGUUGCCGUUAUCACAUGCGGAUAAAUACGAGCAUGCGGUGAUUUUGAUGAGUCAUGAUAAAUCAGUUUGCGACACACAGCUUUCGAUAAGAAUUUCGGGGCGGCAUGUGACGUAGUUUAUUUAUGCAAUAAAUAUUGUGGAUGACUAAUCAAGAAUUCUCCGUCUUCGUUUAACUCAGGCCGGAGCUAGAAUUCGGGCGGACUGUUUGUCUGUUCUUUUUGUUCCCUUGUUUCAUCUGAUUUUUUUCCGUUUUUUCGUUGAUUAAACUGUCGAAUAUGUUUCGUUAUUCGCACGGGGUGGUGGCGGUGGUCCGCGAAGUGAGCAAACGCAGCGCGAGUCUCUCUCCGGGGAGAACGACGCCGAUGCGGAUGAAGAGCAGCUCACUGACGGCGGCCACCGCGGCGGGCGCAUCCGCCAUUCCCCGCAGUCAGCAGCACGCCUUCGAAUCCCGCCGUGCCAGGUACGCAUCCCAACCGCUUAACCGUCAGGUUAUCCAGUACGCGCACCAGCCUGAUCCCGAUGAUUAUGAGCGCGAGGGGGACAGUGUGAAAGAGAUCCCGUAUCUGAUUCCCAGCGCUAUGCCAUCCAAUGUCACCACGAAUCCGGAUGUGCGCAAUAUUGAGGAUCUGCUCUUUGAUGUGUUCAAAAAUGAACAGGGCCGCGUCCCUGUGGGCAAGUUCGUGCAGACUCUGCUGAAUACCGGAUUACGGAAAGAUGAUCCGAGAUUGGAAGAAUUUAAUCGUCACAUUCUCAAUGCCCAACAAGCCAACAGUGAUCUGUCUGACUUAUACGGCCUGACGUUGGACAGGGAGACGUUUCAUGCAUGCAUCAGAGAGAAUUUACUUCUUAUCAGCCGCGCUUUCCUUAACAGCUUCAUUAUACCGGAGUGGCAGGAGUUCUGUAACAGUAUUGAUGAAAUUUAUUGGAACUGCCGGGCACUGAAGGAUGGCAAAGUGGCCAGCUAUAUUCCUCAGCUAGCUCGUUUUAGUCCCGAUUACUGGGGCGUCAGUAUUUGCACCGUGGAUGGACAAAGGCAUUCUAUUGGAAAUACGGAUAUCCCGUUUUGUCUACAGUCUUGCUCUAAACCGCUGAGUUAUCUCCUGGCACUAGAAGAGUUGGGGCCGGAAAUUGUGCAUCAGUAUGUCGGCCAGGAGCCCAGCGGUAGAAUUUUUAACGAACUCGUUCUGGACUAUAACAGAAAGCCGCACAACCCGCUGGUUAACGCCGGAGCCAUUAUCAUCACGUCGCUAUUAAAGCGCCAGAGCAAUUUAGCCGACCGGUUUGACUACGUUUUGAAAAAUUUCCAAAGAAUGGCAGGAGGAGAACAUGUUGGUUUUAGCAAUGCCACUUUCCUCUCCGAACGAGAGACUGCCGACCGAAAUUAUGCCCUGGGAUACUAUAUGCGGGAAAAUAAAUGUUUUCCCGAAGGUGCAAAUUUGACUGAAACUAUGGACUUUUACUUUCAGCUCUGUUCAGUGGAAGUGAACUGUGAAUCGGUAGCCGUCAUGGCUGCUACGAUGGCCCACGGCGGAAUGUGUCCCAUAACCGGCGAGCGACUGGUGAAGAAUUCCUCAGUACGGGAUGCUCUUUCUCUUAUGUAUUCAUGUGGAAUGUAUGAUUAUUCCGGACAGUUCGCUUUUCGUGUUGGUAUGCCAGCGAAAUCUGGUGUUUGUGGAGCCAUAAUGGUGGUAAUUCCAAACGUUGCCGGGUUGUGUGCCUGGUCGCCACCGCUGGAUCAUUACGGUAACUCUGUUCGCGGUGUGGAGUUCUGCAAGGAGCUUGUGUCGCGGUUUAAUUUCCACAAUUUUGACAACAUUCGCCAGUCGCCGAAGAAGUCUGAUCCACGCCAUCAGAAAUCAGAAGCUAAGGGACUGCGCGUCGUGUCUCUCUUGUUCAGUGCAGCAUCCGGCGAUUUGGUCGCAUUAAGAAGGUUGUACCUAAAGGGAUUGGAUAUGAACCAGUGUGAUUAUGAUGGACGGACAGCCCUUCAUCUGGCCGCUUCGGAAGGGCACGAGGAGGUGGUUAGAUUCUUAUUGGAACGGUGUAAUGUAGUGCACAAUCCCAAAGACAGAUGGGGUCACACUCCUCUGGAGGACGCCGAACUAUUUGGCCAUGAUCGAAUCGCACAAAUCAUCAAAGACUGGGAAAAGCAGUUGGACGUGCGGAUGGCCAUAUAUCAGCCGGAACAGUUAACGGAAGGGGACAUCACGAAAUCUCCAUAGAGCAGCUGAUGGUUACUGUACAUAGGUGGCAACUUCCCGGCGGAAACAAAAUAGUUGCAGCCGCAACGCGCAUGACCUCAUCCAGUGUCUGUCUCAGUUCCUCGUUUGAAGAAGCUGGUCUAGAACGUAAUUUAUUGUAUUUAUUUAUUUUUUGUGGUGAUGCAGAGCGGAUUCGUGUUACAGUCACUUCGUAUUUGCACAGUACGUGUGAAUUGUUUUGUUUGCAGCUUUUGUUGUGUUUUUCUGCUUGUGACAGGCGGGAAUUAAUGUGAUGGUUUGUUGUGACUCAGCAGCAGAUGUUGUGUGUACGCGGUCGUGAUAAAGACAGCAAUAAGAGUGUUUUUCGGCACGAA